AUGCCCGGGGGGGACUCUCUGCAGAAUGGCACUCCUACGCCUGAGCGGCGGUCUCUGCGCAAGCGGUCUCAUGACGAAGCUGCCGCUGCCGAGCUCGAGGUCGGAUCGACGCCUUCGAAACGCAGACGAACGUCUCUCACAACCCACGACGCGACGGGGCCCGACAGUCAAAGGGAUCCAUCUGUACCGAUAGACACCGAAGUUUCGGCAUCUGUAACAGAGGCACACAUCAAUGGGAGUGCGGACAAACCCGUGCAGUCGUCCGUUCCGGACCCUGCCAAGGCAACUCCUCGAAAGCGUGGCCGCCCUCCCAAGGCCAAAUCAACACCCCUUCCAGAGGCCAUACCUACAGGCACCAAAGUUUCAGAAGCUUCGACGGAGGUGCCCAUCAAUGACGGUGCACCCGAUCCCGUAAUGCUGUCCGAGCCGGAACCUCCAGCGGCAACUCCUCGACGACGUGGUCGCCCUCCGAAGGCAUCCUCGCAAUCUCAAACACCCACCUCCAAGGCCAACCCGACCCCCCUGUUCGCUACGCCUGUGAAGAAGGUCGACGCGGGCUCGGCAGCUGCGACGCCGAGGAGACAGGCCGCCGACAGGUCGGCAAGGAGGAAGAGUGCCCGGGCAUUGAUCGAGAACGCCGUCCGCGACGGCGACAGCGAUGACGACGACGACAACGACGAACUGGUGCGCGAGAUCUACGAGAGCGAGCCAGGCGACGACCAAGAUGACGACGGGGGAGACGACGAUGACAGGGAAGAUCGUGAGAGCGCCGUUCCUGUCAACGAAGCUUCGACACCGUCCAAAACCCCCCAGCGGAGAAGACGGUCGAAAGCCAAGUCUCCGACGCCCCCACGAGAUCUCCCCCCCCACGAGCUCUACUUCGCCCACAACAAGCCCGGCCGGCCCAAGACGUCGGACAACACCUUGGCCGACCUCGCCCUUCUCUCCCACGACCAGUACUUCUCCAUCCUGACCCGGCUCCAAGACCCUCACGCCGCCGAGGUUGAGCAUCUCCAGUCCCUUCACGCAGAGUCGUUCCCGCAAUGGUCCUUCGAGCUCUCCCAAGCCUUCAGCCUUUGUCUCUUUGGUUUCGGGUCCAAAAGGGCGCUGCUGCGCCGCUUCGCGAGGCACCUGCACCUGAACCCCCACGGCGACCUGGAGAGGAGAACGGUCGUCGUCAACGGAUACGCUCACACGACCAACAUGAGGGAGAUACUAAGUGUCAUCAGUGAUGCCAUCCAUCCCAACCAGAAGCUAACCACCGCCGCCCCUGCGACCAUGGUCCGCGCCAUCACCGCCCAUCUCUCCGCCAGCGACGUCUGCCUCACCCUCGUCGUCAACUCAAUCGACGCCCCGCCGCUGCGCAAGCCUGGCAUGCAGGCUGCCCUCGCCCAGCUGGCACUCCAUCCACGCGUUCAGCUCGUCUGCUCCGCCGACACCCCCGACUUCCCUUUGCUCUGGGACAUCGGCCUCCGCAGCGCUUUCAACUUCGCCUUCCACGACUGCACCACCUUUUCCCCCUUUGACGCCGAGCUCGACGUCGUCGACGACGUUCACGAACUUCUCGGACGCACUGCCCGCCGCGUCAACGGCCGUGAGGGUGUCGCCUUUGUCCUCCGCAGCCUCCCCGAGAACGCCAAGAACCUAUUCCGCCUCCUCGUCGGCGAGGUCCUCGUCGCCAUGGAGGAUGAGGGCAACGUCACGGACGAACCCGCCGGCGUCGAGUACAGAAUGGUUUACGGCAAGGCCGUCGAAGAAUUCAUCUGCAGCUCCGAGAUGGCCUUCCGGACGCUAUUGAAGGAGUUCCACGACCAUCAGAUGAUUACGAGCCGCAAGGAUGCGCUGGGCACAGAGCUGCUAAGUGUACCGUUUCAAAAGGAUGAGUUAGAGGCCAUUUUGGAGGACCUCAUGUCGUGA